AUGCAAGUUGAAUACAUUGUAUUUAUUGUGCUAAUUUUAACAAUUGAUUCGCAUGCUGUUAUUGCCAUAAAACAAGUCAAAGUUGACGGUGAUAUUUUGAUCGGUGGAUUAUUCCCAGUUCAUGAAGCUGGUCGUCAUGGAGAAGAAUGUGGAGUUUUGAAACCAGAUCAAGGCGUACAACGACUACAAGCCAUUUCUGAUGAUUCGCACGCGUUGAAGCAAACCUUCGUGUUUAUCAAAGCUAUGCUCACAUCAGGCGAUGAAAUUGUUUGUCCGGACGGCGGACGACCCAUAAUGGGAAACCAGUCAGUAGCACUGGUAAUUGGAGCUGCAAGUAGUCAAGUGUCUGUUAUGGUUGCAUCGAUGCUGCAGCUUCUAAAGGUGCCUCAGGUUAGCUAUUCAUCCACGGGAGCUGAACUUAGUGAAAAGUCACGAUUUCAGUAUUUUUCAAGAGUAGUUCCUCCUGAUGACCUGCAAGCUGACACAUUGGCACGUCUAGUUAAACGUUUGAACUGGACCUAUGUUCAUGCAAUAGCUGUUACUGGUAGUUAUGGUGAACGCGGUAUGGAUUCUUUUCGGGCUGCGGCCGACGUUGAAGGCAUUUGUAUCGACGGCAGCCGAAUGAGAAACACGAAUAAAGCUCGUGGUGUUGUCAUGUUUGUUGAUGAGGACAAUUUGAGAAGGAUUCUAUAUAAUUUAGACUACAUAAUUCAGCGCAAUUCAACGUUUGUCGCAAGUGAUUCCUGGGGAACUAAGCGAUCUGUGCCAAGCGGCUACGAAGCAAUAACUAAAGGUGCUAUUACAGUGGCUCCAGAUCGUAACCAAACACCAGGCUACAACGAGUACUUCUUGAAUUUAUCGCCAGGAGACAAUGUGUUUUUGCAAGAAUAUUGGGAAUACUUGAACUGCUCAGUACAAAAUGCAAACUUUCGUGAGUGUUUCAAGCAACGAAGAUUGAAAUUCAAUCAGGAGGCUUAUGUGUCUUCAGUCGUCACAGCAAUCAAGCUUGUGGCUAACGCAUUGCACAAAUACAUACUGAAAUUCUGUGGCGGAUUUGAUAAUUUUGGGGAUUGUGAGGUUUCUAAAAUCGGCUUUAAUGGGACAAUUCUUCAGUCAUAUUACAGAAAUGUUUCACUGUCUAACAAGCCAAAAGACCCUCCUGUGAUCGAUGCUAACGGAGAUGGACUUGGGAGAUACGGUAUUUAUCAGUUGGAUAGUAAAGGUGUAUAUCAAAAAGUCGGAUUCUGCCACGCAGGAAAACCAAUGAAUCUGGAUAUAAAAAGAAUAAGGAAGAUAACACAAUCACGGGGUGGAAUGCCAAAAUCUGUAUGUAGCUUACCGUGUGGACGUAACCGGUACAAAGAAUACAAUCAGGAUCAACGAUGUUGCUGGACGUGCAUUCCUUGUGAUCCGGCCACAUCGAUUGUCAUCAAUGAGACAAAAUGCGUCGAAUGUCCUGCCAUUGAAGUGCCUAAUCAGUUCUACAACGCUUGCAAACCAAUCAAGCCUGAGGUCUUCGAAUUUAAUAGUUUAUGGGUCUUAAUUCCAUCAUCUUUUUCUGUGCUAGGAAUCUUAGCAACUUCGUUCGUUAUUGCUGUUUUCAUGCGGUACAGUCAAACUCCGGUGGUAAAAGCUUCUGGACGAGAACUGUGCUACUGCAUGCUUUUCGGCAUUGGACUCUGCUACUGUGUUACAUUUAUUCUACUCUCAAAGCCAACACCUAACAUUUGUGCUCUUUCAAGAAUUAUCAUCGGACUCUCAAUGUCCGUUGUUUAUGCAGCUAUAUUAACGAAGACAAAUCGCUUAUCCCGUGUCUUUUCUCCUAAAAGUGCUGCUCGGCCUGGCUGUAUCGUGCCGCGGGCACAAAUAGCUAUAUGUGCUGCUAUAGUUUCUGUACAGGUAGUUGGUUCUUUGAUUUGGUUAGUUUGGGAACCACCUGGAAUUACUAUACAGCAACCUACACGUACAACAGCGGUGUUGACUUGUAAGGCUACAGCAGCACAUUUGGUCGCAUCUUUGCUGUAUAAUAUGCUUUUAAUUAUUGCAUGUACUAUUUAUGCCUUUAAAACCAGAAAAAUUCCGGAAAAUUUCAAUGAGACUAGACUUAUCGGUUUCACGAUGUACAGUACAAGCAUCCUUUGGCUUUCUUUUGGUCCCAUUUAUUUUGCCACUCAAAAUAACUUUAAGAUUCAAAUCACGAGUCUCUCUAUGGCAGUGUCACUAAGUGGUACUGUAGCGUUAUGCUGCUUCUUUGCGCCGAAGGUCUACAUUGUUAUCUGGCAGCCAGAUAAAAAUGUAAGGACCCGACAGUCAGCAGUUGGUCGUCUGGUGAAUCAACAGAUGAGAUUUAUAAGCCAAAUAACUGCACCGGCAACUGCAAAUGAAACCUCACUGUUGACAGCAACAGAAAACUAUUCAACCCCGCAAGUUACGCAAUUUAGUUCUGACCCAGAGGUGACAUCGACUUCUUCGAUCCAAGCUUCGCAGGCCUCACGCUCACCAGCUACCAUAAAGACAGCAAUCCUCUCGACGUCAAAUAACGGGAGUAUUGUAAAUGAGCCAAUCGGACUCCCAAAAUCACAAAUUCCAUUGAUACCAUAUGGAUAUAAUGAUGUAAGCAAAGAUUCUGGCCCUCACCAUAACGAUUAUGAGAUAGAAAUGAUGCUCAAAGAAUUAGCAGCAAAUAGUGAUGUUACUUUCUUAUAA